AUGUCGAAUUCCAGUGGCGGCGGCAUCGCGUUCCGCAGCCACACGUAUACUCACAAGUAUCUGCAGCCCUCUCGCGAGUGGAGUGAAGCCCUCGAGGCUGGAAAAGCAGUUGCAAGACGCGGCAAGCCUACUUCAUUGCAAACGGACCAAGCACCCGAGGAAACCCAGACCUGGUUGACUAGAUUGGACCAACACAUGGCAGAGACCCAAACGGCGACACGCUACAGCAGCGUUCGAGCUCAAAGCUCUUACAGAGGACGUCGUCCCAGCGAGGGCCAGGUCACAUCGUCAACAAGAAGAACAAUAUCCUCCGAACCGUCGAUCAGAGACAGCGAUCUCUCUGGAGACUCGGACUACCACUUCCACCGGAUGCAACAGGAGACAAUCAGGAUGCUUGAAGUUCUUUUGGCCCGGUUGGAGGAUCGAACGAGGUCACUACCCCCUGUCACUGCCGCCGCCGACGUAUCCGGGGCAGGGCAAUCCUCGACACGAGGCCGUGUUUUCGAUCCUGCACCCGCUGUGUCCAGUGCGUCGAUCAGGGCCACUCGACGCCGACAAUCUCGAUCCAACGCUCCGUCAAUCGCGUCGUCACGCUCAUCUUCGCCAACUGGAGCCUACAUCCCUUCCACAACCUCAUCUCGGUCAUCAUCUCGGUCCUCAUCCGCGUCGAGGAACAGCAACACAUCUUCGUCCUCGAUCUCCUCCGAGACUGAAUGUGGGAUCUGCCUGAACGCCCUGUCCUCUCGGAACCGGGACGAUGACGAUGACGACGACGACGACGACAACGAGACCUGGCGCUGUUCUACGUGCCACAACGCCACGCACGCCAUGUGCUUUGACGAGUGGAUGGCACGGUCCACCACCAACAGCGUGAUAUGCAUUUACUGUCGUGCCCCAGUCUCAUCGUCGACCUAG